UUCUGGACCACGGCACAGCCAGCAGCCUGGGCACCGCGCCGGACGCGUGCGCUGACCUCGGCCUAGGAGGCCUUAGGAUCCUGGAGACGCUCGCGUCCGCGGGGGCCUGAGAGUCGCACGCCCUCCGCGAGCUUCUGCUCGCCGCUCCUCGGCGGGGCGAGGUCAGGUGCCCCCUUGUUCUCUUCCUCCCUUCUCUCCUCUCCCUCCCCCGACUCCUGUAACCGUGGGAGAUCCCGCCCGCCCCCUCCUGCAGGGGUGUAGCAGGCUGCGGAUCUGACAGCGGCCCCGCAGCCACCCUGCCCAAACUCUCCGGAAGCGGCCAGCGCUCAGGCCGUCGCAGCCUCCGCGGACCCACGGUUGUCCCCAAGACGCCGGCCCUUCUCUCCAAACUUGGAGCCCUUGACCUUUGGCUGCCGGAGGAGGCAGGCCCGCAGGUGGCCGGACAGCUGCGACGCCGCGAGGGCAUCUUGCCUGGGGAUCGGCUGCCCUCCCGGACUCCCAGACUCCCGGCUCUGCCUCUGGGAUCCCAAGGUGUCUACAUUAGGCGCAUGUUGACUGAGACCUAGAGCCAUGGAUGUGUGCGCCCGUCUUGCCCUCUGGCUCCUCUGGGGGUUCCUCGUGCAUCAGGGCCAGAGCCUCAGCCAGAGCCACAGCGAGAGAGCGGCAGGAGCCGGCUCGGGGGCCACUUCUGAGGAGUCCACUGCCGCAGAGUUUUGCCGGAUUGACAAGCCCCUGUGCGACAGUGAGGAUGAGAAGCUAAGCUUUGAGGCAGUGCGCAACAUUCACAAGUUGAUGGAUGAUGAUGCCAAUGGUGAUGUGGAUGUGGAAGAAAGUGAUGAGUUCCUGAGGGAAGACCUCAAUUACCAUGACCCGACAGUGAAACACAGCACCUUCCAUGGUGAGGAUAAGCUCAUCAGCGUGGAAGACCUGUGGAAGGCAUGGAAGUCCUCAGAAGUGUAUAACUGGACCGUGGAUGAAGUGGUGCAGUGGCUGAUCACAUAUGUGGAGCUGCCUCAGUAUGAGGAGACUUUCCGGAGGCUGCAGCUGAGUGGCCAUGCCAUGCCCAGGUUAGCUGUAACCAACACCACCAUGACAGGGACUGUGCUAAAGAUGACAGACCGGAGUCAUCGACAGAAGCUGCAGUUGAAGGCCCUGGACACAGUGCUCUUUGGGCCUCCUCUCUUGACUCGCCAUAACCACCUCAAGGACUUCAUGCUGGUGGUGUCUAUCGUUAUUGGUGUGGGCGGCUGCUGGUUUGCCUAUAUCCAGAACCGAUACUCCAAAGAACACAUGAAGAAGAUGAUGAAGGAUUUGGAGGGAUUACAUCGAGCUGAACAGAGUCUGCACGACCUUCAGGAAAGGCUACACAAGGCCCAGGAAGAGCACCGGACAGUGGAGGUGGAGAAGGUCCAUCUGGAGAAGAAGCUGCGUGAUGAGAUCAAUCUGGCCAAGCAGGAAGCCCAGCGGCUGAAGGAGCUGCGGGAGGGGACAGAGAAUGAGCGGAGCCGCCAAAAAUACGCUGAGGAAGAACUGGAGCAGGUUCGGGAGGCCUUGAGGAAAGCAGAGAAAGAGCUGGAAUCACAUAGCUCGUGGUAUGCUCCAGAGGCCCUUCAGAAGUGGCUGCAGCUGACACAUGAGGUGGAGGUGCAGUACUACAACAUCAAGAAGCAAAAUGCUGAGAAGCAGCUACUGGUGGCCAAGGAGGGGGCUGAGAAGAUAAAAAAGAAGAGAAACACACUCUUUGGCACCUUUCAUGUGGCCCACAGCUCUUCCCUGGAUGAUGUAGAUCACAAAAUCCUAACAGCUAAGCAAGCACUGAGCGAGGUGACAGCAGCACUGAGGGAGAGGCUGCACCGCUGGCAACAGAUUGAGAUCCUCUGUGGCUUCCAGAUUGUCAACAACCCUGGCAUCCACUCACUGGUGGCUGCCCUCAACAUAGACCCCAGCUGGAUGGGCAGUACACGCCCCAACCCUGCCCAUUUCAUCAUGACAGACGACGUGGAUGACAUGGAUGAGGAGAUUGUGUCACCAUUGUCCAUGCAGUAUGCUGCCUGGCUGAUGGGGCGUAGGUUCAGUGACCGCUCUCUCUGCUCUACAUCCGCCGGCUCGGAUGAUCAGUCCCUCUGGAAAUACCCGGCCCCCAGCCUGCAGAGCAGUGUCCGGCAGCGCCUGACGGAGUCACAGCAUGGCCUGGGAUCUCAGAGGGAUUUGACCCAUUCCGAUUCGGAGUCCUCCCUCCACAUGAGUGACCGCCAGCGUAUGGCCCCCAAACCUCCUCAAAUGGUCCGCACUGCAGAUGAGGUUCUCAAUGCCAUGAUUUCCAAUAGCAGCCACCGGCUGAUUGAGGGAGUCCACCCAGGACCUCUGGUGGAGAAACUGCCUGACAGCCCUGCCCUGACCAAGAAGACAGUACUGGCGCUGAACCACGGGCUGGACAAGGCCCAUAGCCUCAUGGAGCUGAGCGCCUCAGCCCCGCCUGGUGGCUCUCCACUUUUGGAUUCUUCCCAUUCUCACAGCUCCAGUUCCCCAGAUCCAGACACGCCAUCUCCAGCCGGGGACAGCCGAGCCCUGCAGGCCAGCCGCAACACACGCAUUCCUCACCUGGCUGGCAAGAAGGCUGUGGCUGAGGAAGAUAAUGGUUCAAUUGGUGAUGAGACAGACUCCAGCCCAGGCCGGAAGAAGUUUCCCCUCAAAAUCUUUAAGAAGCCACUUAAGAAGUAGGCAGCAUGGAGGUGGCAGUGGUGGAACAGCUCGUCCUUCCCUGGGUCAUCUGCCUCCUCUUCCCUCCCUUCAUGAGAUCUGCCCUAGAGUGGGGUAGGGAAGGUCUGGCCCGGGGGCCUGGGCACUGUACAUACCUGCCCCCUCAGCCUUGGGUCCUUCAUCAUUAUUUAUUAACUGAACCACCAUGGCCUGCCUGCCCUGCCUCCUCCCACUAUGGGCUGCUGCUGUCACUCCCUCCCCACUUCAGUGCAUGUCUUAGUUGCUGUUCCCUCAGCUCCCAGCUCCACCUCUGGGGUCCAGCUUCUGUCUUUGCUGUCCCAGUUUUGAGGUUUUAUUUUUAUUUUUUUGUUUCUGUUUCCAGCUUUGAAGCUCCUCCCUUCCACCACUCUCCGACUUCCCCUAGCAGUUGCAGGGAAGACAGGAGGAGUAACUUCUGACACCUGUGCCUCUGAUUGGACCCACCCCGCCCAUAAUAGUUCUUUUUGCCCCAGACUGGGACCUAGGGACUAAUCUUGAGGAUUUGUUCUUUGGGAGUGUGGUGGGCCAAAGCUACAACCUCAUCCUGGAGCUCACUUAGGCCUCCAGGGGCCCAUGGGAGAGUGAAACCAAUUCCCAGAGAACAAGUCACCAGAGAAUUUUGAGAGGCCAGGCUUGGGAAUGGACUGGGAGAGACCUGCCUUGGUCAGUGGAUGUGUGGAUGCCAGAACUAUGGGCUAUAAGGCAGUCACCCUUUCUUUCCCACCCAUUCCUGCCUGCCUCUUACCCCUGCUCGGCAAUACUGCAGGAGGGUUUGUCUCUGAGAGGUGCUGCCCGAAGCUUCCCCAAUACUCUUGGGGCUCAGGAUGAUUGGCUCCCCUGCUAUGAGGGCCAUAGCCAUGGCACAGGGCUCUGAUGGAGCUCCAGAGAUGUUGGGCAAGGAUGUUGUUGCUUUCGAACCAAAAGAUAAAACAAUUUAAAAGAGAAAAAAGAAAUCUCCUGAAUUUCCCAAGUGCCUGCACCGCAAACUCCCUUUGUCAGACCCCAUUUAUGUUACUGCAUAGCCUGGGCCAGAGGCUUAAAAAGGACACACCUGGUUUGGGGAAGGGGUGGCUAAAGAAGAUGGUGUAGGUGAAGGUGGCUGUGUUACUUCCCCUCAACCCUUCCCCUCCUCUAGCCAACUCUCUCCCUUACCUGUUUUUGCUAUGGCUGAAGAGAUAUUUUCCCUCUGCCCCACUCCCUGCCAUGCCUUUACCCUGGGAUCCUUUUUUGGGUCUGGAGUGGGUGCAACUAGGGCUGGUCUUCGGAGGGUGCUGGGCUGCAGACUGCCUUGUACCCCCUGGAAACCUCACAUGGGUUUUUCUGUGUUAAUUCAUAAGACUCUCUGAAGUCCAAUAAAGCAUGUA